AGGGUGGGAGGGUUGGAGAAACGGAAGGGGGGAGAGGGAGGACAAGCGGGUGGGUGCUGUGAAAUCUGUUAACAGGGGAGCUCUGUGUGUUUGCUGGCUGCCUUGGCUGUUUGCCCAACUUGGCUCAUUGUGAUCAAGGCAUGAUCGUGGACUCCAGGCAGCCCUCGCCGCCGCCUCGGCUGCCUCGCGUCUGGACGCAGCCUCGCUAUCAGCGCUGACAUGGAAAGACCUGCACCUUGCGACCCGUUGCCCAGAAGGGAUCACGAGAAGGACUUGGAGCUGGACAAGAAGAUCGAGGCUCUCCGCAGGAAGAAUGAGGCGCUCAUGAAGAGAUACAAGGAGGUGGAAGAGGACAAGAAAAGAGCAGAGGAAGAAGGAAUGGCGCUGCAUAGCCGUAAGGGCAAAGCUGAUGAUCUUACGAUCACAGUGAACAAGUCCACCUGUGACAGUCGCGUGGUGGUGACCAAGUCCUUUAACAGUGGCUCACCUUCUGGGAAAGGACUAGAGGAAGUAGGAGCAGGCCGAGGGGAGGAAGUUACUAUGCAGGCUGCUGGCAGUGUAGGCAGAUGGCACAAGAAGCAGCUAAUUGUCACCAUGGCUGGUAAAAAGGGUAAGAGAGUGGUGUGUGAGAGGCCUGAGAAGAGGCAAGACCCCAAAUGUCUGUCAGAUGUGAAGAGCCCAACUGAUGAGGCGCAAACUGGUAUUCUGGAGGCGGCGGGGAUAGGGAAACAACCACGUUUCAAGACCAAGUUGGACAUUACAGCACAGGAGUUGGAAAUCACAGACCUUAACAUCCCCACAUCAAAGGAGGAGCAGGAGGACUACUUGCAGUGGAAAAAGGAGCGCGAGAAAAUUGACAAGGAGAGAGUGGCGCGUCACAAGAAUGCCAAGGGACAGUGGAGGCGGGCGUGGGACAUAAACAAAACAGAGAACAUGUUUUUAGACAAAUCCCAACCAGACAGAGCCUGGGUGCCUCCAAGUAGAGGAGGACGAAGCGCCAGAAAAGGACAGCAUAGGUCUGGUGCUGACACACGAGGUCAUGAGAAGCGAGGCAAAGACAAGUCAACUAAAAACGUACAAGUAAUGAGCAGCAACGCAAAAGGAAAAGAUCGCUUGACUGGGAGGGCCAGAAGAUGGGAACCUCAAGAAGAAGAAGAUAACCCACAGACUUCAGAUACACCAUUGGAGGAAUUGCUGGAGGAACUUGAUGCACUUACAGAUGCUGAGGCAGAAGAGCAGAGAGAUCAGGACUCAAAAACAAAGCUGUUGCUCAGUCCAGAUGUUUCAAUUACUUGUGAGGAAUUGCGGGGAUCCGAAGGUUCUUUGGCUACCUUGAGAGCAGACAUUUCAGUGCAGGAGAAAGCAGACAGCUCAUCCCUUAGGGCUUCAGAGAAGAAAGUGCGAUUCUCAGAGGAACUCGUCCUGCGGGCUCACACAAAACAAAUCACCGGCUCUCAGGAUUCCGCCAAGUCUGAAUCAAGUCCAAUAUUCUUCUUAAAAGCUUCCUUGCAGAAAAAAAGCCAGCAUGAAGUGCUCCGGCAGCAUCUGGAAAGUGCCAAGGAGGAUGAAGAGAGUCAUUGCCAGCAGCAGGCUUCUGAAAGUAAAUGUACUAAAAAAGACAUCAGUGUCCCCGCAGCGCCUUGUUGCCCCCCUGCUGAUAAGGCCUGCGCUUCUCUACUGGAAAGCUCUGUCCACCCUGUGGAGCUUGCCACAUGUAACACAAACCCAGCGGAACCUGUUGACUUGCGUGUAUGUGUCUUGAGCCUGGAAUCAGGGGAGUCACACCCGGAACACUUUAGCUGCAGCGACAAGGUCAGUGUGAGAAGCAAGAGGGCCGGGGGGAAAUGACUAGGUGUGUAAAUCGACUGAUUGAAAGUGCAAAUGGAUGAUGAUGUUAAAAAGGUGACGAGAGAGAGAGAGAGAGAGAGAGAGAGAGAGAGAGAGAGACGGCCAGCAUGUGUGAAUGGCAGCUGUGAUUUCCAAUCUCAGUUCAAGUAUAUUCACCACCCGCGGUGCCCGUUGGAGUGCAGCAGCAGUAGUCUCAUGAGAAAAGCCCUUCAUCUCAUCCACUACUAGAAUAGACCUCCUUCUUAAAAUGUGCACAGUGAGAUGUAUAGAUUACCAGUUUGAGGAAUGGGAAGGUAAUUACAGUUUCUGCUCUUUUUUUGCAGGCAAGAGAGCAUGGGAAGAUUGUUUAACAUGCAAAUACUAAAAAAACUCGAAUAUAGACUCUCAAUGGGCUGAUGUGGCUCCAAGCAUUGCAGUGUGUAACAUCUGUUUGAUCCAACGUUAUGGUGUUUCAGAGUACUGCUGCAGCCGAACACUUUAUGCGUACAAAAGCAUGCGUGGUGACACAUCAUUUCGCGUGUGUUAGUGUGCAUCUUGAGUGCAAUCUCACGGGAUGUUUACAUGUGUUGUUCUGUGCAGGCUGUAAGGUACAUUAGUGUAAUAUACUGGAGGUUGGCCUUGAAAAGAAACGUCUGACAAGGACUAUUUGUUUAGCGCUUGAGUCUGCCCUUUGGCUAAUCUCAACAAGAAGGGGAAAAAAAAUGUAUUGUUGAAAAUAGAAGUUAGAAUCGUUAGAAUCCACAGUUUUCCACCCAAACGGCGUAAGGAGCUAUUAGCAGCUGCCUCCAGCAUUUGUCGAUGGCCUUAUAUACAAGUAACUCAUCUGUUCAUAGACAUUCAUUGUUAAGUGCAGAUUUUAUUUUUUUUAAACAAUAGAGUAGAUUUAUUAACUAAACUAUGUGUAUGCUUUUGCUAUGGACAAUACAAACAGGGGGCAUUUUGUACUGCUUGGAUGCACAUCGUAAAAAUGAUUUUCUCAUAUACAUUUGAUAUAGAUUUCCACAUGCUAAAGGGCAUACUCGUGCCAUUAUGUGUCUUUACCCGACUUCAACAUGUAAGGCUCAGCUCGACACAAUGAAAUGAAAUGAAUGAAAGUUUCAAAUGCAAAAUUUACAUGUUGAUGCAGUCAAGAACAUAACUGGUUUAAAAUCAACGGUCACUUUCUGGCCGCAUGUAAUAUUUUAUUGCACUUGAUAAGAAAUUGAACUUUGCACAUUUGUAGGUUUGACAGGAGGGAUAUGAACUCUCUCGGUCAUGCCUUCAAAACUAAGAUUUUUGCACUUACUGUAUGGUUUGUUUCUAUUCCAUUUAAAAAGAGAGUGUGUGGAUAAGGCAAUGGUCCAACUGUUGAUUUGUCCACUGAGGCCUUGAGGCACAGCUGGGAGGGAAUCACUUGAGAUAUUGAAAAUAAAUCAAGCAUGGGGUUUGUCAGUAGUUAAAACACAGAGAUUGAACUGCAGCUGCCCUUUCAUGCUGUUUUCUUAGCCCAUUGCAGGGGGGGAAAAAAAACAAGUCAUAUUUGACAAGCAUCCUGAGAAUUGUUGUGCCUUGUAUUUCAGAGUUGUCAAAUAUAAUUGACACAGUGUAUUCAUCAACCCAGACUUGCGCUUGUAUUUCCCGUUUCUUCAUGGAUAUGUGUUUUUUAAAUUCAACUGUGAGUCAAAAUAUGAUACACACAUAUGAUUUUCUUGUGUCCAGAUUUUGGCAGAAUGCUGUAGUGUAGUAAAAAGCUUAUGUAACCACAAGUACAGUUGUUGACUGACAUGCUGCAGAUUUCUUACAGCUUCAACUGUGGUUACAUAAAAAAAGGGGAAAAUAAUAAUAACAGGUUAUAGAAACGUACUGGGGAAGAACACGUUUAAGGCCUGUGCAGCCAUAAAGAAAAAAUUCUUUAUGUCUUGUUCUAAUUUGAUAGACGAGAGUUGACCAUGUUGACCUUAUUUUUGAUUCCCUUUUAGAGGUUAGAAGUUAAGAAUAUUUAUUUUUAGCUGUUUUCUUACAAUUUUGUAUGUAGAUGUUAUCAUAACGCCUCAAACGACACAUUAAAAAGAUGGCUGUGGCUCUCCAGCUGGGUCCUUCAUGUUUGCUCAUGUUAUUCGAAAGCGUAUGUGACAUAAACAAAUGUUUGCUUGCAGACAUGAAAGAACAAUAUAGUGUUUUAGUACUGUAGGUUCUAAUUAUGACCAAUUGUGUAAGUGCAAUACCACAAUGAAUCUCUGCUGAGCAGUCAUUACUUCAGAAAAAUAGAACAAAACAAGAAUCAAAGUAGGCGUCACGGUUGACGACUGGUUAGCACAUCUGCCUCUCAGUUCUGAGGACCCGGGUUCGAAUCUAGCUUCGCCUGUGUGGAGUUUGCAUGUUCUUCCCGUGCCUGCGUGGGUUUUCUCCGGGUACUCCGGCUUCCUCCCACAUCCCAAAAACAUGCAUGGUUGGUUAAUUGAAGACUCUAAACUCCCAUAUGUAUGAAUGUGAGUGUGAAUGAUUGUUUGUCUAUAUGUGCCCAAUUGGCGGGCGACCAGUUCAGGGUGUACCCCGCCUCUCGCCCAAAGUUAGCUGAGAUAGGCGCCAGCACGCCCGCGACCCUAGUGACAAUAAGCGGUACGGAAAAUGUGAUGGAUAUAUAAUCAAAGUCAUGAUGUUCAAGAUCAUACUGUUCUACUGUAGCUCCAUUAGGUUGGUCACUGACCCCGCUAGUAACGGCAAAAAAGUCUAACUAAAUUAUUGUACAGUUGAAGCCAGACAUUUACAUACGCUAUAUGAAAAGACACACUUUUUUCCCUCACUGUCUGUCAUGAAAUCAGACUAAUCUUUUCCUGUGCUACGUCAAUUAGGAUUAUCAAAAUUCUUUGUAUUUGCUAAAUACCAGAAUAAUAAGAGAAGGAUUUUUUUUUAGACCAUUUUUCAUUACCUUCUUCAAAGUAAGAAGUUUACAUACAUUUCAUUAGUAUUUGGAACCCUUGGCUUUAAACUAUAUGACUUGGGUCAAACGUGUGGGAUAUCCUUCCACAAGCUUCUCACAACAGUGGGCAGGAAUUUUGGCACAUUUCUCCUGACAGAACUGGUGUAACUCAGCCAGGUUUGUAGGCCACCUUGCUCGUACAUGUCUUUUCAUGUUUCUCCAUACAUUUUCAAUAGGGUUGAGAUCAGGGCGAUGGCCACUCCAGAACAUUGACUUCGUUAUCCUUAAGCUACUUUGUAACCAGUUUGGCAGUAUCCUUCGAGUCAUUGUCCAUUUGGAAGACCCAUUUAAGCCCAAGCUUUUCCUGGCUCAUGUCUUGAGAUGUUACUUCAGUUUCCACACUGUUCUUUCUCCAUUAUGCCAUCAAUUUUGUGAAGCGCACCACACCCUCCUGCAGUGAAACAACAUGAUGCUGCCACCCCUGUAUUUCAAAGUUGGGAUGGUGUUCUCACGCUUGCAAGCUCCCCUCUUUUUUGUCAAAACGUAACGAUGCUCAUUAUGUCCCAAAAGUUCAAUCUUAUUUUCGUCAGACCACGUCCAUCCAUCCAUUCUCUGAACUGGUUAUCCUCACUAGGGUCGCGGGUGCGCUGGUGCCUGUCACAGCUGACUUUGGGCGAGAGGCAGGGUACACCCUGAACUGAUCGCCAACAAAUCACAGGGCACAUACCUAAACAAACAACCAUUCAUACUCACAUUCACACCUACGAACAGUGUAAAGUCAUCCAUUAACGUACCAUGCGUGUUUUUUGAAUGUGGCAGGAAACCAGAAUACCCGGAGAAAACCCACACAGGCACGGGGAGAACAUGAAAACUCCACACAGAAAAGCCAGAUUUGAACCCCAGACCUCGGACAUGUGAGGUGGAUGUGCUAACCAGUUGCCCACUGCUGGACAUGUCUCCAAAAAUUAAGGUCUUUGCCCCUGUGUGCGUUUGCAAACUGUAAUCUGGCUUUUUGAUGUUUCUUUUGGAGUGAUGGCUUCUUCCUGGCAGAGUGGCCUUUGAGCCCAUGUAAGUACUCGUUUCAUUGUGGAUAAUUACACACUUACCAGAAUCUUCCCAAGGUCUUUUCUUCUUGGGUCACACAUUUUGGACCAAAACACGUUCAUCUCUGGGACAUAGAACCCGUCUCCUUCCUGAGCGCUUUGAUGGCUGGACAUUCCCAUGGUGUUUAUACCUGUGCAUAAUUGCUUGAUAAGAUGAACGUAGCACCUUGAGGCAUUUGGAAAUUGCACCCAAGGAUGAACCAGACUUGUGAAAGUCCACAAUUCUCUUCCUGAUAUCUACACAAAGAAGCAGUCAAAGCAGUGUCGAAGCAGUUUCAGGUGUGCGGGAUUCAAAUACAUCCACAGGUGUGUCUCUGACUUAAAUGUUGUCAUUAAACCUCUCAGAAGCUUCCAAAGUAAUGACAUCAUCAUCUGGGUUUACCCAAAUGGUUUAAAGGCAUAGUAAGCUUAUUGUAUGUAAACUCCAGAGUUUAAAGAAAAUAAUAAAAAAUUGCCUUAAAAAAUCAUUUUCUCAUUAUGCUGGCCUUUAGCAAAUACAAAUCAUUUUGGUAAUCCUAAAUGACCUAAAACAGGAAAGGUUUAGCGUGAUUUCAUCUCAGACAGUGAGAAAAAAUAAAAUUGUAUGUCUUUUUUAUUGAAUGUAUGUAAAAAUCUGCUUUCAACUAUCUGCACCUUUAGUCAUAUCCUCACCAAAAUGUAAUGGUUUCUUGCUCGCCAAAUGUGUCACCCCUCCGCUGAGUUUCAGUUGUGUAAAGUUUGCAUAAUCCUGUGACCGAACAAAUAAAAACCUCUCACUCUUUCA